AUGGCCGCUACCGACUUCAAGACCCACUUCAUCGAGGCUGCCAUCGCCUCGGGUGUCCUCCUCUUUGGCGAGUUCACCCUCAAGUCGGGCCGCAAGUCGCCCUACUUCUUCAACGCCGGUCUCCUGUACGACGGCAAGCUCCUCUCGGCCACUGCCGACGCCUUUGCCGGCACCCUCCAGUCGUCCAUCCCUGCCUUUGACGUCCUCUUCGGCCCCGCGUACAAGGGUAUCCCCCUCGCUGCCGUCACCGCCGUCGCGCUCGCCAACAAGGGCACCGAUGUCGUGUACACUUACAACCGCAAGGAGAAGAAGGACCACGGUGAGGGCGGCACCCUCGUCGGCGCCCCCAUGGCCAACAAGCGCGUCGUCAUCAUCGACGACGUCAUGACCGCCGGCACCGCCAUCCGCGAGUCCAUCGCCAUCCUGCGCGAGCAGCCCGGCGCCCAGCUCGUGGGUAUCGUGCAGCUCCUCGACCGCCAGGAGCGCGGCAAGGGCGCCACCUCUACCAUCCAGGAGGUCGAGGCCGAGUUCAAGGUGCCCGUCGUUCCCAUUGUCUCGCUCGCCGACAUUAUCGACUACCUCCGGGUCAAGGGCGGUUACGAGACCGAGCUCAAGAAGAUUGAGGAGUACCGCGCCGAGUACGGUAUCACCGUCUAA